AUGGCUUCCUCGCUUACUACUAAACAAAGCUUUACUUACUUGACAAGCGCGGCUUGGUCAUCCAAAAAGAACCAGCUGAUUCAACAAAAUUCUGCAAAUGAUAAUCUAGACCAAAUAGUAUCUAAAAGGAUCGAUGCUGGAGAAGACGCCCUUUUCCACGUUUCCACCGACUAUGGCAUUAUUCAAGGGAUAGCUGAUGGAGUAGGCUCUUGGGGAGCAGAUGGUGUAGAUCCUACAGCAUUUGCCUGGGCCAUGAUGGAAAAUGCAGCUGACGUUGCAAAAGAGCUUGGUUCUGCGGAAAACAAUCCUAGCAAAUCUAUGGUUGAUGCUGGAGUUGUGUUGACCAGGGCUUUUGAAAAUACGAAAGCUGGUGGGAAAGUCGAAGCAGGCAGCGCAACGACGUCUAUUCUCACGCUUUCUAACGAUACGGGAAUCCUCAAUGCGGCAGUUUUGGGUGAUUCGGCAUUUCUCAUAAUCCGCAAUAGUCGCGUUCAUUAUCAGUCUGCAUCGCAGCAACAUCAGUUCAAUGGUCCUUAUCAGCUUGCAAUAAUUCCUGACCGUUUCUAUCAACCAGGUUGUUUUUCUGAUACCCCUAGUGAGGCUGAUCAGUCAACGCACCAGUUGCAAGAUGGAGAUAUAAUAUUGUUGGCAACAGAUGGAUUGUAUGAUAGUAUAUUCAUGGAUGAAAUAGUUUCUAUUGUGAACGAAGAGCUUUCAAUUAAUGACGGAAAUACUCGAAACAUGGAUGUUGAAGAGCUUACAAAAAGCGUAAGAAGCUUAGCAAUGAGGCUUACGUAUACUGCCAGGAAAUAUUCCGUGUCUACUACUGGAGACACUCCAUAUGUGAAACAGUAUAGAGCUUGUUAUCACAUGUCUCGAUGGGGAGGAAAAGUUGACGAUAUCGCUCUACUUGUUACGCUCGUGAGAGUCAACCAUGAAUAA